AUGGCGGAUGCGAAGAUCGCGGCGCCAGCCAUCAAUGCUUGCGCAAAGUCCGGCGAGUGGGAAGCAGCCCUUUGCCUGCUGCGUUCCACGACGAAGUCGGACCAACUUCUGUACAGAGCGGCCAUCACCGCCUGUGGAAAGGGGCUCCGCUGGGACUUAUCUUUGGCGCUGUUGGCUGAAAGUGGACCGCACGUUGACGUUUUCACGUACGGGGCGGCCAUCAGCGCUUGUGAGAGGGGAUUCGAAUGGCAACGCGCUGUUGCCCUGGUUAGGAAGAUGAUGUCGGACCAUCUCCGGCUAGACUGCGUUCACUACAAUGCAGUGAUUCUGGCGCUGGAUCGAACAUUCCAAUGGGAACUGGCCGUGGCGUGGUGCCUCUCUGCUUUGGCUGAUAGAUCUGCAGACGAGGGCACGCUGCUGGGAGCCCUGGGAGCCCUGGCCACCGCCGGGCAGUGGGAGCGGAGUUUGCAGCUGAUGGCGCUCCCUGUGCCAGACCACUUGAAGUGGCCAAGUGUGGAAGCCUACGGGAAGACGCUGAUGGCAGCUUACAGAAGUGAGCACGUCGAGGUGUGGCAGGCCUGCGUGCAGAUGCUGACCGAAAUGCCGCAGCGUUUGCUUCACCCCGGACCUUCCGAGCUUGCCUGUGCCGCACGGAUUUGCGGAAGAGGCUGCAAGUGGCUCGAGGCUUUGACGUUACAGCGAGCAGCCAGCAGCGUAGCUGGUCACUCACCGCGGGCGGAGGUUGGUGGUCGAGAAACAGAAGGCGCUUACACGUACGCCUAUGAGGCUGCCAGCAGCUCUAUUCCGGCUCUAGUCACUGGUAUGCUGCUUCCAACAUGA